AUGCAGCAAUUGAAUCAGAAUUCAGGUACUACUAAUCCUACUUGGGGAGCUUCAUUGUUUGAUAAUAUAAGAGAGGAAGGAUUGAAUCUUGAAAUAGACAAGAAUGUUGAGAAUAAGGAUACCUCUGCUGAAUGUCUGAAAAUCACAAUGGAUGAUAUACAACCUGAGAUUGAAUACUGGAAUUCUGCAAUUGUGUGUUAUAUUUUAGGUUGUAAACCGCCAUUUAGGAUUGUUAAUGGAUUUAUUCGAAGGAUAUGGGGGAAGUAUGGAAUUGAGAAGGUUGCGGUGCUGGAGAAUGGAGUGUUCAUGGUAAGGUUUCGAAUGGUGGAAGGAAAAAUGAAGGCUCUAGAUGGAGGUCCAAUUUUGUAUGACAGAAAACCUGUUAGUGUAAAGAAUUGGACACCUGGUCUUGAUUUGGGCAGUGAAAGUGUGAAGGUUGUGCCUACAUGGAUUCGUUUGCCAGGUUUACCUCUGAAAUAUUGGGGACAAAUUGUGUUGAAGAAGAUAGCAGGAAUAAUUGGGAAGCCAAUUAGAACUGAUAGAGCUAUGGCUCAGAAAGAUAUGUUAGAGUAUGCUAGAAUUCUGGUAAAAGUAAAGCUAGAUCAAGAGUUUCCAGAAAUGGUGGCAUUCAUGAAUGAAAAAGGAGAGAUGCAAGAGUAG